AUUGUGCGCACGGGAGGGUGUGAGGGAGGGCAAUCCGUGCCAAACCGGGCCUAUUGGCUGGCCGCUGCCUGGAAAAGCGGUAUUAUCUUUUCAUGCUAAUAGACGAGGUCACUCGUGUUGUUCGGGCCAACGGGGACGGACGGACGGCGGCGUCCAAGUAGCUAUGCCCGGUGGACGGUAGCAUGACAGCCGUGCAUGGGAGUCGGCAGGAAGUAUUUUGACUCUCGCCCGCACCGAAGCCACCGAGUCGGUGAGCAGCGUCCGACAUGGGGAAGGAGGUGAACGGCGUUUCCCGGAGCCGCUUUGAGAUGUUCACAAACAGCGACGAGGCAGUCAUCAAUAAGAAGCUACCUAAGGAGCUGUUGCUGCGAAUCUUCUCAUUUCUGGAUGUGGUGACGCUGUGUCGCUGUGCUCAAGUUUCACGAUCCUGGAAUGUCCUGGCGCUGGACGGCAGCAACUGGCAGCGGAUCGACCUCUUUAACUUCCAGCGGGACAUCGAGGGUCGGGUGGUGGAGAACAUCUCAAAGCGAUGCGGGGGCUUCCUGAGGAAGCUGAGCCUGCGGGGGUGCCUCGGCGUGGGCGACAGUGCCCUGAGGACGUUCUCUCAGAACUGCAGGAACAUUGAGCUGCUCAGUUUGAACGGCUGCACCAAGAUCACUGACAGCACCUGUAACAGCCUGAGCAAGUUCUGCCCAAAACUAAAGCACCUGGACCUCUCCUCGUGUACCUCAAUCACCAACCUGUCACUCAAAGCUCUCAGUGAGGGCUGUCCACUGUUGGAGCAGCUCAACAUCUCCUGGUGUGAUCAGGUCACCAAAGACGGCAUCCAGGCUCUGGUUCGGUGCUGUCCUGGACUCAAGGGCCUUUUUCUCAAAGGCUGCACACAGCUGGAGGAUGAGGCACUGAAGCAUAUUGGGGCGCACUGUCCUGAGUUGGUCACGCUCAACCUGCAGACAUGCUCACAGAUCACAGACGAAGGCCUCAUCACCAUCUGCCGGGGUUGUCACCGUCUUCAGUCACUCUGCGUGUCGGGCUGCGCCAACAUCACAGACGCCAUCUUGCACGCGCUCGGACAGAACUGCCCACGCCUAAGAAUAUUAGAAGUGGCUCGCUGCUCUCAACUUACAGACGUGGGCUUCAUAACAUUAGCGAGGAAUUGUCACGAGCUUGAGAAGAUGGAUUUAGAAGAAUGUGUCCAAAUCACAGAUGGAACACUUACACAGCUGUCAAUAUACUGCCCUCGCUUGCAAGUUCUGAGUCUCUCCCACUGUGAGCUCAUCACCGAUGACGGCAUCCGGCACUUGGGCAGCGGGCCCUGUGCUCACGACCGGCUGGAGGUGAUCGAGCUGGACAACUGCCCCCUGAUCACGGACGCCUCGCUGGAACACCUGAAGAGCUGCCACAGUCUGGACCGCAUCGAGCUCUACGACUGCCAGCAAAUCACUCGCGCCGGCAUCAAGAGGCUCCGAACCCACCUGCCUAACAUCAAAGUGCACGCCUACUUCGCCCCCGUGACUCCGCCCCCUUCGGUGGGGGGCAGCCGCCAGAGGUUUUGCCGCUGCUGCGUCCUGCUAUGAUGUAAAAGACGUCCGCCGCCUUCCUUCCUUCCUUCCUUCCUUCUUUCACGUGUCACCGGUGUUACACGUUUCCUAUUCCCUGACCUGGGGGCUUAGCCCAAUCAAGCAGUACAUGGCCAUGUGUCCCUGACCCCCCCGACCACCCGCCCCUCACCUUCGGAGCUCCAGAGAGAGAGAGACCAAACAGUGCAGGGUAACACACACACACACACACACACACACACACACACACACACACUCCACAGAUUCAUGUUUUUGACUGCAGUAUUACAACAAAGGUAUUGUAAAAAUGCUACAAACACUUAUGAAGGAUUUUUGCGCUUCAUUAGAUGAAGAAUUCAAAAAGAAAUCCAGAAUAUUGCAAUAUUUUGGUUUUAUUAGCUGCUCUGUCUUAAAAAAAACCAUGUUUUUUAAAUUGCUCCAGUCCAGCCCAAAUAUACCAAUUAAUAGGCAACUGUCAUGUGAUAUUUGAGUAUAUUAUUCAAAUUGUACAAUGGCCGACAGCAACGAACGCGCAGCAAACGCUCCAAACACAAAAAUGAUCUCAAAAUGAACAAACACCAAAAAAUGAAUGCAACAAGAAAAUGCUACCAAUGCAAAAAAUAACCCACAAAACAACUGCUUAACAGCAACGCUGCAAGUUCAUUUAAAACAGCAGCCCGUGUGACUAACUUCCUGGUAGUCAUGUUAAAUUCCUGGUAGCCCUGGCGACUAACUUCCUGGUAUUCAUGCUAACUUCCAGGUAGCCAUGGUUAGCAUGCUAACUUCCUGAUAGCCAUACUAUAUUCCUGGUACCCUGUGUGGCUAACUUCCUGGUAGACAUGCUAACUUUCUGCUAGUCAUGUUAACUUCUUGGUAGCCUGCACGGCUAACUACCUUGUCGCCAUGCUAACUUCCUGGUAGUCCACACGGCUAACUUCCUGGUAACUAUGCUAACUUUCUGGUACCCACGCGGCUAACUUCCUGGAAAUCAUGUAAACUUCCCGGUAGACUGCACGGCUAAUUACCUGGUAGUCAUGCUAAUUCCUUGAUACCUCGUACGGCUAGUUUUCUGGUAGCCUGCACUGAUAGCAUCCUGGUUGCCCGCUCGGAUAAUUUCCUGGCAACCAUGCUAACUACCUAAUUACUUGGUAGCCCGCGCAGCAAACUUCCUGGUAACUACGCUAACAUCCUGGUAGCCCACACAGAUCACUUCCUGGUAACCAUGCUAACUGUCUUGUAUCCACACUAUCUUCCUGGAAGCCUGCACGGCUAAUUUCCUGGUAGCCAGCGUGGCUAACUUCUUGGUUGCCCGCGUGGCUAACUUCUUGGUAGCCCAUACAGUUAAUUUCCUGGUAGCCCCGCGUAAGUAACUUCCUGGUAUUCAUGCUAACUUCCUGGUAUUCAUGCUAACUUCCUGAUAGCCAUACUAUCUUCCUGGUACCCCGUGUGGCUAACUUCCUGGUAGACAUGCUAACUUUCUGCUAGUCAUGUUAACUUCUUGGUAGCCUGCAUGGUUAACUACCUUGUAGCCAUGCUAACUUCCCGGUAGACCGCACGGCUAACUACCUGGUAGUCAUGCUAAAUCCUUGAUACCCCGUAUGGCUAGUUUUCUGGUUGCCUGCACUGAUAACAUCCUGGUAGCCCGCACGGAUAAUUUCCUGGCAACCAUGCUAACUACCUAAUUUCUUGGUAGCCCGCGCAGCAAACUUCCUGGUAACUAUGCUAACUUCCUGGUAGCCCACACAUAUCAUUUCCUGGUAACCAUGCUAACUGUCUUGUAUCCAUGCUAUCUUCCUGGAAGCCUGCACGGCUAAUUUCUUGGUAGCCAGCGUGGCGUAAGUAACUUCCAGGUAUUCAUGCUAACUUCCUGGUAUUCAUGCUAACUUCUUGGUCGCCAUGGUUAGCAUGCUAACUUCCUGAUAGCCACACGCGGUACCAGGAAGAUAGUAUGGCUAACUUCCUGGUAGACAUGCUAACUUUCUGCUAGUCAUGUUAACUUCUUGGUAGCCUGCAUGGCUAACUACCUUGUAGCCAUGCUAACUUCCUGGUAGUCCAUACGACUAACUUCCUGGUAACUGUGCUAACUUUCUGGUACCCACUCAGCUAACUUCCUGGUAGUCAUGUAAACUUUCCGGUAGACCGCACGGCUAACUACCUGGUAGUCAUGCUAAAUCCUUGAUACCCUGUACGGCUAGUUUUCUGGUAACAUCCUGGUAGCCCGCACGGAUAAUUUCCUGGCAACCGCGCUAAUUACCUGGUAGACAUUGCUAAUUUCUUGUUAGCCCGCGCAGCUAACUUCGCGGAAGUCUUGCUAACUUCCCGGUAACUACGCCAACUUCCUGGUAGUGCACACACAGAUAAUUUUCUGGUAACCAUGCUGACUAUGUUGUAGCCAUGCUAACUUCCUGGUAGCUUGCAUGGCUAACUUCCUUGUAGCCUGAUGGUUACUUUCUUUCUUAUCAUGCUGGCUCCCUGUUUGUGGUUGCAGCAUUUUCCAAAUGCAUGUGUUGGUUUUUGGUUUUGGAUCUUUUCUGUGUUUGGAGCGUUUGCCCCUGUUGGCCACCAUAAAACAUAUACCUCCCACCCACCACCACCCACACACACUGUUUGUACUUGAGGUCUAAGUUGGCAUCGCUUGAAUGUAUUAGAUUAAAAAAAACAAAAACAAAAAAAAACAAUGCAAACUUUUGCACAAAGACAAAACAAUCUUGCUGUUUGAUGCAUAUUGGAAGAAACCCAGCUUAUUCACAUCCUGCACUGUUCAAAGUCUGGUACUUGUGCCCCCUUCCCCCCCCACACACAUACAUCCCAAAAAAGUGUCACAGCCACUGGGGAAAAAAAACAAAACUGUCCGCUUUUUUUGCACCUCUUGACGCAACAUCCAGACCGUUUACAAAGGAGAACAUUUCAAAACAAUUUUUACUAACAACACACACAAACACACACACACACACAGUAAGGUUGGUACAGCCCCCCUCCCACUCCCUUCUCUCUUGUGUCUAUGUGCUUCAUUGUAUGGCAGCAGCAGGUGGGGGGCAAAUAAAAGAUUAUUUUUCUAAAAAAAAAAAGAAAAAAAAGGAGGCACACAUUCGGGGACUGAAGAAGAUGCCAAAUGCUGCAUGAGACACUUCUAGUUUGUUUUUUAAAUGUGCACAAGCGACCACUGUGGCAGUCGCUCCAUGAUGAUGAUGAUGAACACAUGGAAAAAAAGAAAGGUCUUUGAAAAACGAUGAGGGGGCAACAAAAAAAAAAAAGAGGGAUUACUUUCACGAAUCAACAGGAAGAAAAAGCCAGCAAUCAAAUUUCGAUGAGCUUUUACGGCCAAAGGAGCGUCAAGGCCACACCGAAAAGAAAGGCAACAAGAAAACAGUCGUAAUGAACAUAAAGCAUUCUGGGAUAUAUUUGAUACGAUUGAGCAAAGAUAACAAACUUUUUUUUUUUUCAGAGCGGGUAAAAUGUUUUUAACAAUCACAUUUAAACUGCGGAUGUGCCAAAACACUAUUUCUUUAAUAUUUUUUAUUUAAUAUGAAUUGUUGUUUUUCCUUGUAAGGUUACCAAUGUAUUACUACAACUUUUAAUUUAACAUCAAAAUUGUUUUCCCUCCAUAGUUAAGUGUUUUUUUCUUGCAAUAUUUAAGUUUUUUGUAAUAUUUAUUUUACCCCAUAAUACGCCCUUUCCUUGUAAAUUGCAUCAAACGUUAAGACUUCUUUUUUUCAUACUACAGCUUUAUUUGUGAAUUAUUUUAUUUGUUUUUUUCCCUCAUAAAUUAUUUAUUAAUUAUUGCAUUAUUUAAAUUUUGCUCCGGUGAUAUAACAAGGUUAAACUUUUGUCUAUUUUUUCCUCUUACCCUCAGAACAAAUGUAUUGGAGUAAUAUAACAAUAUUCUCAUAAAUCUUUGUUUUUCCCACAUAAAGUACAUAUUUGUUCUCGUAUGACUUCAUCCUUGCCCUAAAUUGUGCCACGUUUUUUUUCUAAUAUUACUCAAUUCCUAUGAUUAUCUUUUUUUCCCUUAUCCUUAGUUAACUAUUUAAUAUUACAACUGUAUUCCUUGUGAAUUUCAACAUUAUCAUAUGACUUUCUUCUCAUUAUGUUCUCAUAAAUGUUUCUAAUAAAAUAUUACUUUUUUUCCCCCAAUAUUAUAGUUUUAUUCUGGUAAUAUUAUAUAUAU